GCAGCCCAUCUCGUCUGGUUCCUGUCUCCGUCAUAUGUCAGAGCUCCAAAUACUACACAGCUCUGCUAGCUGGUUAGCGAACUUUAAAACAAAGUUUCCCUGUAAAGUUAGGGUACUAAAAUUAGAUAAGAGAGAGUGUCCCAUUAACAGGAAGUGGACGAAAUGCCUGCGGUGUCUAAAGGGGACGGGAUGCGGGGCCUGGCGGUCUUCAUCUCUGACAUCAGGAACUGUAAGUUUGUUUAUCACAUUCAUACACAGUUCAUGGUCAGGACAUGGACAAGCUAGCAGCUGGGACUGAGAAGGAUUAGCGAACUGACCGGGGUUUAACAAGUCGAGAGUGUUAUCUUUCCCCUCCCUGAGAAACACUCAGUCAACUUUAACUCAUCAGGGUGGUUUUGACAAACCUCUUAACUGGUUAGUUUGCACCAGCUAAUUAACGUUAGCCUUUAGCUUCAGCUGCUAACGUCUGGUCUAAGGGCGUGGAGCGCACCGCUAACCGCCCAUAACACUAAACUGUCGCAAGACCGUAGUGCUCAAAGUUUGUGUAAUAUCUGGUUUCGAAACAGUUUUCAUAUCCUCAUUGAAGCGAAUGAAGCGACAGCUCACAUGAACCACUUCAAGUGUCGUUUACUGAAUCCCCCGAAAGACAUACAGCUUUACCCAGACACUCCUAGGGCCCCGAGGUAAAACAGGCUGCAGGACUUACAAACAAGUAGUCCAGUGGACCCCAGUGAUGAUAGGCUUCAUACCGUAGACCUGCAGAAAAACUGUCUUUCUGUUUAAUAAGAAUAAUUUAAGUCAACACUGACCAAAUUCAAAGAGAUUCAAAUGUAUUCAGAUGCACUGACCAGUCAGAACAAUAUAACAUUAUGACACACCUGGACAAUCCAAUGUAUCCCCAACAACAGUUUUACCACCAAUGACUGUUUUGUGAACCUUCAGCACAUUCCGUUUUUGCUGACAUGGUCAGAUAGGUGAUUGUUAGCUUCAAAGUCGUUGUUGGAACUGUAUUGGGUGUUGAUGGUCUACUGGAGCGCAAUGAUUGAUCAGAAGUUUGAUCAAAUGACACUUCAGGUAUUUUGAUCAAAACAAACUCGAUCAAAGUGUCAGAGGAUUGCUCAGGAGAUCUGUGCUCAUAAUUUUGCACCAUUAAGUCAAGACAUACACACAUCAGAGCAGGAAAUGCACUACAGCAAAUUGUCUUGUCCAACAACAUCUGGGAUCGGCUGUAGUCAUUUUCAAGUGGCCCCCAGAAGUGGGUGAAAAUGAUGGAUGGUUGAGAUAACAAAGCUUCUUUCUCAUAAUAACUUUAUUGAUCUUAUUAUUGAAGACUUUAAGUUAAUUAUUACAGUGAAUUCAGAAAUGAGUUUCUGAUUAAUGUGAUUGAUUACAUCUGAUUUUAGGAGCUAAGUCAUCAUUUGAUCAAAGUGUGAUUCAAUGGUCAAAAUUUAUACUCACUCAAAUUUAUGAUCCCCGCACACACGCACACGCCUGCGAAGGGGAAAAAAAAAAAACCUAGAGGCUUUAAAUUAUGUCACAUCAAAACCUCUUAAGAAGAAGAAGAAGAAGAAGAACUUUAUUGAUCCCCAAAGGGAAAUUCAAUUGCCUGUUGUCUCACAUAAUAUAUCUAAAAGUUAUCUAUUAUUUACAUAAGAGUUAUAAAGCCUGAUGCUGUUGGUACAAAAGAUCUUAUAAAUCUUUCUGUCCUGCAGCAAAGAAAGAGGAACGGUCCACCACCAUGUGCCCUUUGGUCCAUCAAGGUGUUGUGACGUGGGUGAUCCAUGUUCUUUAGAAUAGACUCCACCUUCCUCAGUGUAGAUCUCUCCACCACAUCCACUGAGUCCAGCUUGAAUCCUACCACAGAGCCAGCCUUUUUCACCAGUUUGUUAAGACGUUUUACCUCUUUGUGUUUGAUGCUUCCUCCCCAGCAGGCUGCAGCAUAGACCAGAACACUUGCCACCACAGACUGAUAAAACAUCUGCAGCAUCUUACUACAGAUGUCUAUUGAUCGGAGUCUUCUCAUGCAAAUGAGGCGGCUCUGCCCCUUUCUGUAGAUAGUCUAUAUUCUUAGACCAGUCCAACUUAUUAUUCAGAUGUACACCUAGGUAUUUAUAUGAUGUCACCACUUCGAUGUCCACUCCACAGGUGUUCACUAGCUGAAGAGGGGGUUUGGAUCUACGGAAAUCUAUGACCAUCUCUUAUGUCUUUGAGGUGUUAAGGAGGAGGCAGUUUUUGUGACUCCAGUCACUGAAGGCUCUUAUUAGACCUCUGUAUUCAGCUUCUUGUCCAUUUCUGAUACAUGCCACAAUAGCUGUGUCAUCUCAGUAUUUCUGGAUGUGGCAGGACUCAGUGCUGUAUUUGAAGUCUGACAUACAGUAUACAUGUGAACAGGAAUGGCGCCAGCACUGUCCUUUGUGGAGCCCCUGUACUGCUCAUUAAUGUCCCAGAAACCCAGUUCCCCAGCCUGACAAACUGCGGCCUUCCUGUCAGGUAAUCUGUCAUUCAGGAAACCCAGGAAGGAUCCACUCCCAUCUCUGUGAGCUUGUCUUUGAGUAUGGUGGGUUGGAUGGUGUUAAAUGCACUUGAAAAGUCGAAGAACAUGAUCCUCACAUAAACCCCAGGUUCCUCCAAAUGAAACAGGGCACUGUGAAGCAUGUAGAGGACAGCAUCAUCCACUCCAAUGUGUUCUUUGUAUGCAAACUGCAGGAAGUCCAAUUUGUCUCUGACCUCAGACCUCAGAAGGUGUAGAAUCAGCCGCUCCACAGUUUUCUUGAUGUGUGAAGUGAAGGCCACUGGUCUAUAGUCAUUGAGUUCAGCAGGACUUUUUUUUUUGGUACUGGCACAAUGCAGGAUGUUUUCCACAGAGCAGAUACCCGCCCCAGCUGUAGACUCAGGUUGAAGAUCUUGUGGAGAGGUUGACACAGCUCUGCAGCACAGUCUCUAAGCAGCCUUGGACACACACCAUAUGGACCAGUUGCCUUCCCAGGACAAAGUCUUCCAAGCUCCAACGUCACCCCAGUUUCUGUGACAGACAAGGCCUGGUGUUCUAGGAGAGAGGGAGUUGAAGUGGUUGAGACAUUUGAAUGAGAUGGAGUAGGAAGGGGAGAAGUUGUAGUGGAGAUUUGUUGUGGAGAGGAAGGUGGAGUAGCAGUGGAAGUGGGAGUGAUAGCAGUGUCAAAUCUGUUGAAAAACAGGCUGAGUUCAUCAGCUCUUUUCACAUCACCCACCACUGGCUGUCUUUUCUUUUGACUGCUGUGUCCAGAGAUGGUACUGAUUCCUGUCCACACUUCACGGAUGUUGCUGUGUUGUAGAUUCUUCUCUAUCUUCUUUUUGUACUCAAGCUUUGCUAUCUUCAGUCUCCUCUUCAACUCUUGUUGCACUUGUUUGAGUCGUUCUUUGUCACCAUCUUUAAAAGCUUUCUUUUUCUUGAUAAGGAUUGCUGUUAUGUCUCUUGUGAUCCAGAGUUUGUUGUUGGGGAAACAGCGAACAGUUUCUGUGGGUAUAACUGUGUCUCUACAGAAGUUGAUAUAUUCAGUGAAGCAGCCAACCUGUUUGUCAAUGUUCAUACUAUCCACAUCUGUUUCCAGUCUGUUGAUUUAAAACAGUCUCUUAGAGCUUCACUGGAUUGAGGUGUCCAUCUUCUUAAUCUUGACUUUGGUCACAGUCUGCCUCAGCACACAAGGUCUGUAACAGGUUUGCAGAUAGACCAAGUUAUGAUCUGACUUGCCCAGUGGUGGUAAGGCAGUGGCUCUGUAGGCUUCUUUGACGUUGGCAUACAGCAGAUCCAGGGUCUUGUUUUCUCUGGUAGGACAGUUAACAAACUGUGUGAAUCCAGUCAGGUGAGAGGAGAGGGUGACAUGGUUGAAGUCUCCAGAUAUUAUUAUUAGUGCCUCAGGGUGUUGAGUCUGUAGCCUGGCAACACUAUUUUGCAAAAUGUCGCAACAUUUUUCAGUUGAUUUGGGUGGAAUGUAAACAACUACUGUUAUGAUAUGACUAAAUUCUCUGGGAACAUAUUAUGGCCGAAGAGCAACUGCCAACAGUUCAAUAUCUGGACAACACAACUUCUCCUUGACAGUUAUGUGUGAAGGGUUACACCAUCUCUGGUUGACAAAUAAAGCCAGACCUCCUUCUGUCUUCUUGCCACUAGCUUGAGCUUCUCUGUCUGACCUUAUGAGAGUGAAACCAGGUAGGUCCACACUGGAGUCCGAGUUGUUUUGAUUCAACCAGGUUUCAGUAAAACACAGGAAACUGCACUCACGGUAUGCUUUCUCAGUCUUUACUAAUAUCUCCAGCUCAUCGCUUUUGUUGGGCAGAGUUGACGUUUCACAUGAUGAUUGAUGGAAGAGUAAACUACUACUUGAGUAAACUCUUCGCCCAGCAGAAGUAUCCAUCAGCAGCCAACAAAAUUACAACAAAAAUGUGAAAAAAAUCUAGCAUCUAGCAAUCUAGCAUUUAGUUGGGUAGGGGAAUAUUACCUGUUGUUUAAGAGAUGACCCGGAUAAAAUUUUUCAUCAGAAAUUUUUGUUUUUCACUUACCAAAACAAUGAUACAUACUCUUAUAAGCAGGAUAAACCCAGCAUGUUUAGGUCUUAAACUUAUGUAAUCCUUGCUGUCAUGUUAUAUUUAUGUGAUAUUUAUUAUAUAUAUGGAGAACGUGAAGAGUUAUUGCACCUUGAAAAAUGGACAAUGCAGUACACUUUUGACUAUUUCUUACAUAAUUUAAGGUUUCAUAAAACACCAGCUCUGUUGACUGCCAUGGAUGACACAUCUUGUCAGCAUUGCUCAAGAUUUGUAAAAUUGUUGGCACGGUCUCUUCACAACAGCAAAAAAAAGCUCAGUCUGAUUUACUGGAAUAGGUCUUGUUGACCUAUUCCAGCUCAUAUUUUUUUGCAUGCGGGCUCAUUUUAGCGAAGAAGAAAAACUGCUCACUUUAAUCCAAGUAAGCAUUCUACGGUCUGUUUACUCUUUUUUUAAGGCAGUUACAUUUUGAACACGUCAGAUCAGAAAAGAGAAAAUCCAGAUAUAGUUCAGAUUUAGGCCCCUGACAGCUGCUGUCUCAUUGUCUCAAACAGGUCCAGUAGUGUUUACAGCUUCAAGAGCUGAUAAACUCAAUGAAUGGUCAUUACACAAUAUGAAAUGUAUCUUUCUCUAUUUGCAGGUAAAAGUAAAGAAGCAGAGAUCAAGAGGAUAAACAAAGAACUUGCAAAUAUCCGUUCCAAAUUUAAAGGUAGGUGAUCACCUCUGAUGAACAGGACUAAGGGAACACAAUUUUAUAUACUGAUUUCUACCACAUUAUAUUUUUCAUCUAAAUAAAUAGCUGACGAUUUCUUGCUGCUGAUAACCUGCUUUUCCGACUUAUCUCUCGGCUGCUUCUUGGCGUCCCAUCCUUACAGUUUCUUCAGUAUUUUUCUUUUUCCACACUGUUGGACACCUAACUAUAAAUGUGUGGGUCUCUCUUGUCAAUGUUGUCCCUCUAGCCACCUGUUCCUCGCUGACUAUUAUUAGUUUGCUUCAGCACGCUGCCUCUUUGCUCGCUCUGCCCAGCAUACUGGCAUCUAGUCAUCUGUAUGUAUUCCCUGUGUGCUUCCCUGCCCAGACAUGAUACCAAGGACUGAGCUGUCUUUUUAAAAAGAGAUGCUUGCCUCAGAUUUAAGAGGAAGAAAAAAAGGAUAUUUAACUUCCUCUCUGCAUAAGCUAAAAGCUGCAUUAACAGCAGCCCUUAUCCUCGAAGGUUCCUCAAAUAAUUGUGUGCUGACAGUUAAAAGUCUUAAAUGCUGGUGUUGAGUCUUGCAGAUAAUUGAAGUCAUCUAAUGUUAAGUCUGAUUUGUAUAGUCAUCUCUUCUCCUCUGUAACACAGAAGACAGAGGUCAGUUAGGGUCAGUUAUCGGGUUUCUACCUGACAGUUAAUAGUAGGAUCAUAUUGAAAACAUCAGUCAUCAUCUUUACUAUGUCUAUAUACUAAAAAUAUGUAUAAGUAGGACAAAAUAUCAGCACAAGUAGAUAGCAGGUAAAAUCACAGUCACUAAGCAAUGAAAGUCUCUUUCAGUCUGCAUUUUUUCUUUUUGCUAAUUAUUGAAAUAGUCUGAACUUCACUCUCUCUUUACUUCAUUUUCUCUUAAGGUUGUGUCUUCUUUUGCAACUCCUGUGCUCAAAAGCUGCAGCCAGAUUGUCAAAACUUUCAUUUCAAACUUCAUGUGGACAAUCAAUCCAUAUUUGUUUAUGUGUGUGACCUGAUGUGUGUCUUUGUUGUUGUGUAUGUGGACAGGAGACAAGGCUCUAGACGGAUACAGUAAGAAAAAGUAUGUUUGCAAGCUGCUCUUUAUCUUCCUUCUGGGCCAUGACAUCGACUUUGGACACAUGGAGGCUGUCAACCUACUCAGCUCCAACAAGUACACGGAGAAACAGAUUGUGAGUUUGUUUGCUUCUUUGUUCAUCUACUGCCAGCAGCAGAGAGGUGUGUGAUUAGGCAGUCACUUUUUGAAACUGUGUAUUUUUGAAGGAAUUUAGAUCCUGACAUGCUAACCUUCAGGUUUAACCAAUCGUCCAACGCUGCAGUAUUAUCCCUUCAUCUCGUCUCUAAUGAUAUUAUGAGGACAAACACAACAGCAGCAAAACAUAACCAAAACAGCACCCUGAGGUCCCUCAAGACUCAAACUUCAGAUAGAAAGUGACGAUAAAGGAGUGCUGUAUAAUGUGUUCCAUGAUAUUAUGGUGCUAUGUCUCUGACGUGUUUCCCAUAUCUUCCUUUAGGGUUACUUGUUCAUCUCAGUGCUGGUGAACUCCAAUAGCGAUCUGAUUCGCCUCAUCAACAACGGCAUUAAGAAUGACCUGGCCAGUCGAAACCCCACCUUCAUGAACUUGGCCUUGCAUUGCAUUGCUAAUGUGGGCAGCAGAGAAAUGGCUGAGGCUUUUGCAUCUCAGAUUCCCAACAUCCUGGUGGCAGGGUUUGUACUAUAAGCCUUGAUGCAUGAUGAAUAGAAUAGACGACUUGUAGAGACAUCACGUCUCACACAAAACAUCCAUAAACAGAUGCAGUCUGUAAUCAUUGCAGGUCAUGAUUUAAAUAGGGACACCAUACGUCCUCUUUUGUCCGGACAUGACCUCUUUUUUUAUGGGCCUUUCCAGUCUGGUCCGGGGGAGUUUAUAAAAUUCUUCAAAUAUCUGGGGUUUUGUAUGGAAGUUUUGAGUUUGUGUUGCGUGGACUAACUGAGUUAGAAGCGCGAAAAAAACACUCAACCUUACCCGAAAAAUCCUCAAAAUGUACUAUGUGCAACUCCGCCCUGUGUAGUUGUGUCCUCUUUUUGGGGAUUCAGAAUUUGGUCACUCCAUUUUAAAAGCUGUGGUUAAAUGUGCAGUUUUUAAAUCCACUGAAUCCAGAUUAAAAACAGUGACAAAUAAGCCAUCGGCAGGGUUCUCCUUUCAAGCUGGAUUUAAAAAAAAAGACAGACUUAUUGCAGGAAGUCUGGUUUAAGAGAGAGUUCUGCCCCCUUGAGAUGGGUUUGAGGAACCCCUGCCUCGUUGCUAUGGAUACUUAUGUUGCCCAUCAAGCCUGCUUUGUAGCAGAGUGACUCUCAAGCUUAAGUCAUCAGUGUCAAAGUGUUGGACAGGAACAGACAGUUGUGAAGUAAAUUUCUGUGCUCUCAUCAUUCAUGUUUUUAAUUAAGAUUAAAAAUCUAUGUACUUCCAGGUUUCACUUCUCUGCAGUAGAUGUAAAAAUACAUUACCCAGCUCUUGAUCUGAUGUAGAAAGUAUGUGAAGUUUCUUUCUGGAGUGAAAUAUCUGACAGUAACUGUUUCAUGAGCUGUUUUCAUGAACUCUCAGAACUGCCUCUAGAAAUAACAGGUUGUUGUCAGAACUUUUAGUUGUUGUUGUACCCUGAACCUAGACUCUAAACAACUGAAUGUUCAACAGAACAUGAUGUAGGUGUUGGGUUAAGUGAAAUUGUGCUUGGCCUGCCUCUAUCAGGGACACCAUGGACAGUGUGAAGCAGAGUGCAGCUCUAUGUUUGCUGAGACUCAACAGGAUGUCUCCAGACCUGGUACCCAUGGGUGAAUGGACAGCACGAGUGGUCCACCUGCUGAAUGAUCAGCACUUGGUAAGACUGCACCCAUGUUCCAGAUCUGUAAGAGCUCUGUAAUGUGGCAGAUGUUCAGUUUCUAGAGCACUCACUCUUGAAAUAAGACAAAGUCGGGUUGUGUCAGCAGGAGGUACCAACAUACUGGUAGGUGAUUUUUAUCCCACAGUUCAGUUAGAUUGAAGUGUGAUUAUUUCUGAGCGUACCGCAGGUAAAAGAGUGAACUUUGACCUUUUCUGUGCAGCACAUACAGUAAAGCCUUGGUAUGUAGGAUGGUUCGGGGUACAGUGGGAUUUGUCUGGCCCUCUUACUGUUAUUUGUGCACCUGAAGUCGGCUGUUCUGUAUUUUUGUCCAUGUGUGUCUGUUUUUAGGGAGUGGUGACAGCAGCCACCAGCCUCAUCACCAACCUGGCCCAGAAGAGUCCUGAUGACUUUAAAACCGCCGUCUCACUGGCUGUAGCCAGGCUCAGCAGGGUGUGUGUCUAUUUAGAGCAUAACAUGAAAUCUUUAAUCACUGAGUUUUGACUUUUAACUGAAGUGAUUUGAUCUUUUUGGACAGAUUGUGACUUCUGCAUCCAUUGACCUUCAGGACUACACCUACUACUUUGUUGCUGCACCCUGGUUGUCUGUGAAACUGCUGCGGCUGCUACAGUGCUACCCUCCCCCGGGUAUGGUACAAUAGAGUCAUGUGUAUAAAGUGAAAAAACAUGAGUACCCCCAAUGUCUUAAAUCUGAUACAACAACCAUGCAUGCAUGUGUUAGUUUAUAGCAGAUACUGCAUGUGUCCAGGACUAAUGUCAUUAAAAGAAAAAAAGGUCUGCCUCGCCUUACUGUUAAAAAAAAAAAAGAAAAAAAGAUAUUUAUUGAUUUAUGAUUAUUUAUGGUCUCCAGAUUAUCAUUCCUAGAAUAAAUAUUUCAGCAUUUUAAUUCUGUAAUUGCCCUUUCUUCUAUUGCCAGGUCAAAUUAUCAGCUUUCUCCAUAAGGUAAUUCAUGGCCGCAUUUUCAUCAGAAUGCAACCAUUAUCUUUGGUAGCCCCAUUACCUUUCCUCUAGAACAGCCUUUAGGCUUUCUGCGAUAGUUUGCUGUUUUAGUCUCCAUCUCAGUUCCCGUCCCAUGGAUGUUUGUUAGAUAGUCUGUCAGCAGGACUCAACCCACAAGUCUAUGAUGCAGGAAACAAUAACCAUUUUUAAUUUUCUUUUAGUAUUCUUGGAAAGCUGAGGGUCUUACUGCGCUUUAAUAAACAAAGAUGAUUUAAACAAAGUGAAUAAUUUAUGAUGUAUCAACUUUAAAAUGAUAAAGAAAUUAGUCUUAAAAUGAAUGCACUUCAGCAUGACUGCCAGUCAGUGUUUUUUGUGUGAAAAGAAGUUGAAGCUCAGUGUUGCACUUUUGCAGCGCUUCAUAAGAUAGGGUAAAAUAUUCCUUUAUUAGUCCCACGGGGGGAAAUUCAUGUUGUGUUUUAUUGUUAUUUGUUAUAAAGACAGGGAAUGUAGUUUUGUAACCGAACUUUUACUCUGCUUGGAAAAAAACAAACAAAAAACAUUUAAAUGUUUAAAAUAUUUUGAAAGUGGAGCCAUAGAAAAAGCUUCAAGUCUGGGGCAGACAGCUACAUGUGUUUUUUGAAUCCAGGUUGUCGUAGUUCUUAUAUUUGUCAUUGAUAGUCAAAAAUGAUGCCCAGAUUCUUUUCAAAGUCUGAGGUGUUUGUUUUUUCAGUUAGAAUAAGUAUGGACAGUUUCAGACUGAUUUUUAUUUUUAUUUUUUAAACUACGUCUCUUGGAUCAGGAAACAUAGCGUGAAGAGGACCUCAGCAUUACAUGGCUCUAGAAUUAAAAAGGAAACAAGCAAAAAAGACAAACCGAGAAACUUUGAUAUGACAUCGGAAUUUAUUUUAUUUAGUGGCAAAUGAUUUAGAACUUCAGUUAGAUAAACAACUGCGUGUACUUUCAGUGAAAACCUUUAGUUUCUGUCCUCGUGCUGUGACCAUAAACACCCAUUUAACCAUGAGGUUAGUAAGUCUUAAAGUAAAAGUUUUGAGGUGUUCAGGACACAGUCUUUGUUGUUGUAGAGGAUGCAGCCCUGCGGAGUCGUCUCACCGAGUGCCUGGAGACCAUCCUCAACAAAGCCCAGGAGCCACCCAAGUCAAAGAAGGUUCAGCACUCCAACGCAAAGAAUGCUAUUCUGUUUGAAGCCAUCUCCCUCAUCAUCCUCCAUGACAGGUGGGUCAGAUUCACACCCAUGAACCUCCAUUAGUCACUGAGUUACUAGAAUAACAUAGAAUUUUGGUAAGACCAUCAUGCUUAGCUCUGGCUUUCAUGUUCCCUAAUACACCAGGGCUAUAAGAUAAAUCCAGCUGUAAUAAGUUCACCUCACUGUAUUGUGUAGAACAUGGUUGGGUUUUGUUUGACAGUGUGUGUGCUUUAGUUUAAGAGCAGCUGAUUUUUGUUUCUCUCUCCUGUAAGCGAGCCCACCCUUUUGGUACGAGCCUGCAACCAGCUGGGCCAGUUUCUGCAGCAUAGAGAAACCAACCUCCGUUAUUUGGCUUUGGAGAGCAUGUGCACGCUGGCCAGCUCUGAAUUUUCUCAUGAGGCAGUGAAGACACACAUAGACACUGUGAUCAAUGCUCUGAAGGUGAGUCUUUCCGACAUCAGUCUACUCUUAUUUUAAACAAGUCGAAAUCUUGUGUCUGAGAUUGGGAAGCAAGUAUGUUUCUUCAGCUGUAUUUAGAAAUUGUAAACCAUGUCAGUUAGUCAUUUAAACAACUGUGAUUUUUUUCCUAUAGAGGAAACAGUACGUAAUGCCUUUUCCGCUAAAUCAUUCUUUUUCCACAGCAGUAUGAUGCAUGUAACUGUUGCAUAGCCACAGAAACCAAAGAGGUGUUCAAGUAGUUAAAUAUGCUCAAUAUAAACAUGAAAUUAUCUGUGGACUUGUAGAGCAACUGCUAAACUGUUUCAGUGCCUCGAAAGUACCAGAAGUGGAAUAGCUGCCAUCCUAAAUCCUUGGGUUUUUCUCCAUACAGACAGAGCGAGAUGUGAGCGUUCGCCAGCGGGCGGUGGAUCUGCUCUAUGCCAUGUGUGACCGCAGCAACGCCAAGCAGAUUGUGGCAGAGAUGCUAAGUUACCUGGAGACCGCCGACUACUCAAUCAGAGAGGAGAUAGUGCGACACUAAAACAGACCUGUACAUCCUUUAGUUCCCCUGUGUGCCGCUCUCUCUUCCUCAGCUUCUUCCUUCUGUCCCUCAGGUGCUCAAAGUAGCCAUCCUGGCAGAGAAAUAUGCUGUGGACUACACCUGGUACGUGGACACCAUCUUAAAUCUCAUCCGAAUUGCUGGGGACUACGUCAGUGAGGAGGUGUGGUAUCGCGUCAUCCAGAUUGUCAUAAACCGGGAUGAAGUUCAAGGCUACGCUGCCAAGACUGUUUUUGAGGUGGGCAAGAAGAAAUAGAGCAGCGUGUUGCACACGUGAAGAGCUCUUGAGCUGUUGAACAAAUACUGUAUGCCAGCUGUGCUGUUGGCUAUGCCGUGAACGGGUCUUGAUAGAUUAAUCACAGUGGGAUCAGGAAGUUAAAAACAUGAUGGAGGUGAUAACAAUCGUAUCCUCUCACAGCUAAAAACAGCGCCAUCAGUUUUAUAAUGAGUGCCGGUCAGACCUGUUGACUCUUAAAGCACAGUAAUACUGCACAAGCUUGUUACAAGUUGACAUAAAGAUUGACCACUCAAAAAAAAUGUAGCAAACAAUUUAAAAUCGCACACAAUAUCAUAAGGUAUGGAUUGGUUUGGAUCAUUCGUAGGCCCUCCAGGCUCCCGCCUGUCAUGAGAACCUGGUGAAGGUUGGGGGAUACAUCCUGGGAGAGUUUGGAAACCUCAUCGCUGGAGAUUCACGCUCCAGGUAAAAACAACAUCCAUCUAAUUAUUUUAACAUGUUUUCCUUAAUUUUUGCCUAACUUGAGUAAAUAUUUGAGCUCAGUGUUUUGUUGACACAUCAGCAGGUUUUCUUUUGUUUAGUUUUAAAAGUAGAGAGAAAGCUGAGCUGCCUCUCAUGGCGCUGUAACUCUAACACCAAACAGAAAUAUUGGGGAUUUCAUGACUCAUUUGGCUGUCUUUAACGCCUGUCAUAAUAUCUUACAUGCAGUUGGUGUACUGGUUUUGCUUGGUGAAGCAGUGUACAGUAUAACUCUGCAGUGAGUUAGUGAGAAGUGCAUCUUACAAAGGUUAAAUAUUGAAUUAAUGUCAGGAGCAUGCCUGUAUAAUUAAAUAUUCUGCUGUUUUUCUCCCUCAGCCCUCUGGUCCAGUUCAACCUCCUCCACUCCAAGUUCCACCUGUGCUCUGUGCCGACCCGGGCUCUGUUGCUGUCUGCUUACAUCAAGUUCAUCAACUUGUUUCCAGAAGUAAAGACCACAAUCCAAGAUGUCCUGCGCUCAGACAGUCAGCUUCGCAACGCUGAUGUGGAGCUCCAGCAGAGAGCUGUGGAGUACCUUAGGCUCAGCUGCAUCGCCAGCACAGACAUACUGGUAAAUGAGGAGUGCAGUGGACUGUCCUACUGCAGGAGUUCACACACUGGCCCUUUAUCCCCAUAUUUUGAUUUGGUCGGUUGCCAAAAAUAGAUCUAAAGUCAUUUGUAUAAAAAAUAUAAGCAGGAACAUUGGUUGGAGUAUCUUGAUAUUAUUAGCACAUGUUCACCGUGAACUCUGAACAGUUUUUGUAAAUUGUCAUAUUGUCCCUCAGAGUGUAAGAGUGGGAGCCUAUUAAGUAAUAAUCUAACAGAGUACUACUUUAAUAUGAAACUGAAGCCCUCAGAGAGAACCACUGAAGUACCAGAGUGAUGAUGACUAUCAUAAAAACACAUGUAUUUAAUAAUUUCAUGGUUAACAAUGUCACACAGAGGUUCUACUGAUCACUAGUAAUCUCAAUUGAUGAGGUACUGAUUUACUUGGCUUGGAUCACCCUUUUCAUCAUGAUAUGAUAAUCUAGUCACUCUUCAGACAACCAUACAGCAUUUACCAACAACACAAAGCCUGUAAUGACACACUUAACAACAAUCAGUUACAUUUCUCUGAAAGGAAAAGAGCAAAAUAGUUUUGAUCUUUGGACAGCUUUACAGCCCAAACAUUACUGACAUUUAGUUAAAAUUAAACUAAAGCACUGCGUGUCUCUAAAAAGUGCUACGUGGUUCAUGUGAAAUGUUUUGUCACUUAAAAUUAAGGGCCCCUGAUUCCCUUUCAGUCCUGCACAGAAACAUCCACAUCUCUGUUUUACCACCCUGUAUUAACAAGGUCUUGUACAUGCACUGUGCUGAUAGUUUUGAUGGCAUUGAAUUUGAUUUUUGGACAUACCUGCUUAUUUUAAAUGAUUGAAUUCGUUCUGGAGAGAGAGACCUCCAUGAAUGAUUAGUGAACUAUUUCCUCUUGUGAACCUGUUUAGGAGGAGGAUUGAUCUCAAGUCUUUGCCCCACCAAUAAAUGAGUGUGGGCCACCUCUCAUGUUGGCUCAGUUACGCCACUGACACAUGUCAUAAUGUCUGGUAUAUACCUGGCAGCUGAAACAUGUGAGAGAACACUGAUGGAUAGGAAUUGGUGGAGCUCUGGAGUUAGCUUCAUUUCAUGUUUACCAAAUCCUCAGAAGUCAAUCUUGUGAUAACCACUCUUUCCAGUCAGAUCAGUAGUUUCAUAAGGUAUUAUCUUCUUUGAUUUAGUAGUUGGUGAUAGAUUAUCUGUCUGUCUUGCCCAGUUUUGAAGCUCUAAACAACUUCCUUCCUUCCUUCCCUCUGCAGGCCACAGUGUUAGAGGAGAUGCCUCCAUUUCCAGAGAGAGAGUCUUCAAUCCUGGCCAAGCUGAAGAAGAAGAAGGGCCCAGGCCACCUGCCCGACAUUGACGACGCUCGCAGGAAUGUUAAUGGUAGCACCGAGCACAGCGAGAACGCAGAAGCCCCAAAAACAGUAAAUCUGGACUUUUCAGUUUUUGUUUCCUUUCUCAUUCAUUUCCGUUUUGUCCCGGAAACAAAGCUGUAUGACUCUUAACUCAUUCAGGUUCUCUGGGGUGGUGUUUACUGUUGGUUCAUGGUUUUCAGCCUUUGGACCAUUUUUUCUGCUUUUUCUAAUCUUUACCUCCACUUGUCUUUUUUCCUCCCAUCUUUUUCUUCUCCUCUAUCUUCCUUUCUCCUUCUCCUUCUCUUUCUCUCUGUCAGUCUUCUCCUUCACUGAUGGCAGACCUUCUUCCUACCAACAGACCCCGCCCUGCCUCUUCUAGUCCCAUCAUGCUCUCUGCUGUCACCAUGGUAUUAUAGAGUUGCAGUAGUGAAGAAUUAGAUGCUUCUCUUUAUACUGAAGGACAAACACAAGCACAGCUAUCCAUGACUCACUAAUGUUGAAUUGUCAGUAAUGGUAGUAACCAUUAAACUAAAUAGAAAUUACACUUGUUGGGUUGUAUUCCACUUUUCAAGAUUGACUGUUUAAUAGUAACAGACGAAAUUGAGAUUUAGAGACUUGAACUUACAGACUAAGACUUAGGCAUUUAUUGUCAUUCAGUGUGCAGCUGGAGUAUACAGAAUCAAAUUUCAUUUGCAUAGGCCUUCGUUUACAGAUUCAGGGCAGUACAGAUAUAUGUGCAAAUAAUUAUAUACAUAUAUGUAAGGUACAGAAGAAUAUAAAAAGGCUAAUGGUUGUAACAAUGUGAAAGAACUGCAAGGGGAAUAGUAAUAUAUAUUUAAAAAGUUCUGUAUAAGAACAGAAUAUGAAUACGCUGCAGAAGUCCUGUAUAAAACAGGAUUAUGUAUAAAGAUAUGCUGAAGUCCAGUAGAAACCAGGGUAUGAAUAUGAAUAUGCUGCAGAAGUUCUGUAUAAGACCAGAAUAUAAAUAUAAAUUUGCAGCAGGGGUAAGUCAGCCAGCUACAUGAGAUAUAACCCAGAGUUCACAAAUGCACAAUAUCUGUGAUAUGUUUUAAACUUUAUAUGUUUUUGUUUUGACUUUCAUGGAGCUUGUUUUUCUUAAAGAUGUUUUUUGCUGACGUCUGCUCUCCUAGGGCUCCAACCAUCCCUUCACAGACUUGAUGAGUGUGAACUCUCCGCCUCCAGUAGCAAACAGCCUGCUGGUUGAUGUGUUCUCUGACAUCUCCACACCUGCUCCUGUAGAUGUGUGCGAGGAAAACUUUUCCAGGUAUGAAGAUCCUGUGAUCUUGGUUGAUGAAACAAAAAAGGACAAUAAUCAAAAAAAAUAUAUAUAUAUAUUGAGUUUCAGAAAAGUCUGCUGAACUUGUUCAUUAUUGUGAUCCACUGAGCACAUCUGGUCUUAAUAGCCUGCAGUCCAGGAGUAUAGACAAGUUAUCUGAAAUCUCAAAACUAAAAACUCCAUCUGUGUUUCUGUGUGUUUGUCAUAUCAGGUUUGUUUGUAAGAACAAUGGUGUUAUCUUUGAGAACCAGCUCUUGCAGAUUGGACUGAAGUCUGAGUACAGGCAGAACCUGGGUGAGAAGUACUCACUAAAUGUAAAAGGACAAUGAUGAAAAUAAAGUUGCAUAGUUUCUAUAAAUCUGUCUGAAUGUUAUCAACACUGAUCAGAUGUUUACCCGCUGUUGUCUCACAGGUCGCAUGUAUGUGUUCUUCGGCAAUAAGACAUCCACCCAGUUCCUCAGCUUCUCCUCAUCAGUGGCAAGUCAAGACUCGCUUAAGGCUCAUAUCCUUUCUGCUACUUGCGUUGUGUUACAGGACACAUAAUACUUCAUUUACAGAUCCAGCAUCCUGUUGUGUGCCUGAUGGGUUUUGUCUGCUUGUGUUGGGUUGUUGCAUCAGUCUUUGGAUGAGCUAUUAAAGCUGUAAGGAAGUGUUGGCAUACAUCUAUGAAAGAAAAAUUUUUUUUGUUUUAAUAGGUAGUUGUUGAAAUACGGGGUGUAAAAUACGUGGUGUUGUCUGCUCUGAUAGACAUUUUCUCUUACUGGACCUCUUGGCAUUGAAAGCAGUGAACUUAAAACUUUAACCAAAAAGUUUUUCAAAGUAUCAGAGCUUUAAAUCUGGAAGGGUCAACAAACUGUGAACAUUUUUUUAGGCUGAAUGAUUGUGUUAGCAAUCAGCUGGAUGGAUUACAUCAGGAACUGUUUCACUCAUUAUCAGCAUGAUUGCUUAAAAGAUUUGUGGCUUGACUCAGUUUGAUGAUUUUGAAGAUGCACACAGGUUUGGACUGCCCAUAGGAAUAAUAUGUGUUGGUCCAUUAUUGAUAAUCUGGUUUUUGCUGUGAACUGUCUUCAUUUUAGAGCAUACUGUGUCUCAUGUUAUGUGACUGAGUUCCUCCUGCUGCGUCUCUACAGGCCUCUCAGCUGACUCCUCCAUGAGUGUCCAUGCUGACUGAGCUUUUCCAACACUGCCCUCUGCUGUGUCCUGCAAAACCACCGAAACCUCAAUGGUUUUUAAAUGAACUGUUCAAGCACCUAAUUUAACAAGGCACUUAUUUACAGAGGAGUAUCAUGCACUUGAGCCUGCACUUGAACACAACAGCUUUAAGUGAAUGUACAGUACGUUCUGUAGUGUCCUGUUUUCUACAUGUAGAUGUGUAUGCUUGUGUUGUUGAACCAUCUUCAGGAUCCUUAACAGUUGUCUCCACAGCUGAAUGUCCACGCUAAGACCGUAGACCCGAUAAUAGAAGGAGGGGCUCAGGUUCAGCAGAUCCUGAAUAUUGAGUGUGUUUCAGAUUUCACAGAUGCGCCAGUGCUCACCAUCCAAUUCAGGUUGGUUUCUGACUGCAUACUUGGCUAGAUGUCGAUAUCACAUGUCAGAUAUUUCAUAUGUUUUAUGUCUGACUGUGUCUGUAUGAACAGAUACGGGGGAGCUCUCCAGAACAUCACCGUGAAACUCCCCGUGAUGCUCAACAAAUUCUUUCAGCCCACAGAGAUGACCUCCCAGGACUUCUUCCAACGCUGGAAACAGCUCGGAGCGUAAGUUUAGAUUGAAGUUAUCACAUGCAGAUUUCACAUUUUCAGUCAGAACUAUUGACUGUACAUAGAGAUGGAAAAACAGUCUUCAUCACCUCCCAUGUUUAAAAUUCUGGCCAAAGUUUCCCCCUGCAGUAAGCUCUGCCAUCUGAGCAAUCCCAUGUUAACGGUCCCUGAGAUGGGUACAGUCAGCAGAACAGAUUCUUGUCUGGUUCUGUAGCUGCAGUGUUAAUCUCGUUGACCAAUCAUUUUCGUCAUAGUUUUCAUCAACGACUUUUUUUUUUCCCCUGACAAAAACAAGACAGUAACUAUUAAAAACAAGUGCAUAUGGACAAAAAAAAAAACUGACACUUUCAUCAACAAAUAAAAACGAGACGAAAAUCCGAUUAGACCUAAUUUCCACAUGUAGAAAGUAGGGACAAGUUAGGAGUAUAUCCAAUCACAGCUACUUUGGUUGUGUGGAAAGGUUGUAUAAGUUCAGAGGGACAUUCAAUCACAACUGCCUUAGCUACAUGGUCGGGAUAAGUUGGGUAGAGAUCCAAUCAAGGGAGGGCAGUUGAAUUUUCGCCCUGUGAGGACGGCGGUGUCAGUACCACGCACACAUCUCACAGCUCAUCACAUGGCUACAAACAGCAAUGGUACUGUGUCAUAGCAGUUACUAUUUCAACAUUAAAAACACGUUAAAAUAGAAUGGUUACAUUUUUGCCACUGAUGGAUACUAAGUAUUAUAUUGCAACAUUUUUUUUUCUUUUAAGUUAAAAUCUGAUGGGGAGGGGAUCCCAUUAGAGAUUUUUCUUGGGACAUUGUUGAGUACUUCACAUAAAAACACAGCAAAUGGAGUUAUUUUGAUAGAGUAACAGUAAUCAGGGUUGGGAUUCUAGCCCCUGCACUUAGUCCUUAAAUGUUUUUGAUUAUUUUAGGGAAAAUAAUAAAGGUAAGUGUGUUAUUGACAAUUGAUAUAUUCACAGAGAGCAGGUUUACUCUUUGUUUUUAAUUCUGGUAUUGUUACUGAGAUGCUCUGCCAGGUAGUCUAAACGAAAGUGACUGCAUUUCACAUCAAAGUUAAAUUUGUGUCUGUUCAUUUACACAUUCAAACUUUACUAGUAUUCAGUAAAGGAUUAUUAGAUGUUUCAUUUUAUCCAUGUAUAAAACAUGACUUCAGAAAUUCAAGGAAACAUAAAAAAUGCCUUACCCUGUACACUUCGUGUUUUAGUCGACUUAAUUUACAGUAGAUUAUGUUGACCACAACUAGACUACAAUUAAAACAAUUUAGAUGACUCAAACAAAAAGAUAUUUUAAGCAAAAGACUAUGACUAAAACUAAAUUUCAAAAGUGUUCUCAAAAUGAAGACUGUGGAGCAGUAACAUGUUUCCUCUUGUCCUCAGUCCUCAGCAGGAGGUUCAGAAGAUCUUUAAAGCCAAACACCCGAUGGACUCGGAGGUCACCAAAGCCAAGGUAAGGAAAAAAAAACUGCUCUUUUUCACAUGAGUCUGUUUAGAUCAUGUGCGCACCUGUGAUUAUAUUUAACUUCUCCUCUGGGGGGUGUUGUGUAGAUCUUAGGUUUUGGUGUAGCUCUGCUGGAUGGUGUGGAUCCUAACCCUGCAAACUUUGUCGGUGCUGGAGUCAUUCACACUAAGAGCACUCAGGUGGGCUGUCUGCUUAGACUGGAGCCCAACACACAGGCAGAGGUAAACACACACGCACGCACACACACACACACACACACACACACACACACACACACACACACACACACACACACACACACACACACACACAAACUCAUCCCCUGCAUCAUCAUAAUCCAGCCUGUGUAACUGUGUGUAUGUGUGUUCUUCAUUCAGAUGUACCGUCUGACUCUCCGGACCAGCAGGGACUCGGUGUCUCAGAGACUGUGUGACCUCCUCUCUGACCAGUUUUAGACUCUGCACUCAGCACCAGCAUUUUCUACACCUUUACUCUCCUAGCCUCACUGUAGAUUGGAAUGAUUUGUACAGUGUAAAUUGUUUUUUUAUUUGUUUACUCUUCAUGUUAAAGAAGUGAAAUGUAUUCUUCGCACAUAGCUUUACUCGUACGUUACUGCUUUAAACCUGCCUCGUAAUCUGCAGACGGUACAGGAGGCUUUAAACACUCCCCCUGCUCUGAAAGGCUGAGCUGAUCUGGUUUUGCUGCCUUUCCUAUGCAAACCUUUCACAGAGCUGUUUCAUGAGGCAUUAAUGAGACAGAGUUAGCAGGAAACCAAAAGAUAGCCAGCCCAGCAUUGACACAGCUGAUGCAGUUGUUCUGGUUGUUCCUCCAUGAAACAUUUCUUCUUGUUGUGUUUCAAACAAAUGUUGCACAGAACCGGGAGGCUUUCCUGAACUUCUUGUUCGUUUUGCACUUUAGGUAAUAAAUUUCAGCACAACAGUAGGUCAGUUAGAUUUAGGAAAAAAAAACCCUCAUAGAAAUAUUUGUACUUGUUUCGGUAUCUUUAGAAGUCUGCCAUCUCAGGAGGAAAGCAGAACUUUGUACUGUGGUAUUUUUAGCUAAAAACUAGAUUUUGAAUGCUGCUUGUGUUGGGUGAAUUUGAGACAAAGACUGUAUGUAAGGAGUGGAUGGAGCCUCUCAGGUUUUUUAAAGUUCAGACAAAGCCCUGUUAGAGCUUGAAAUGUACUAAUGACCCCAAAUGUUUAAAAAAAUUUUUUUUUAAAACUGAAAUGUAACAAUUGGUCGAUAAUGUAGCAAGUUGCUGAGCCCAAAACAUAAUAAUUGUUUGCCCAAAAUUUUGCAACUUGUUACAUUUUGGGUCAGUUAUUACAUUUUGGGCUCAGACUUUUGUUACACUAUCGCCCAGUUAUUUUAUUUGAGGUUUUUUUAUACAUAUUUUUUUUAAUAACAUUUAGUGUCAUUACAUUUCAGGCUCUGACAAGCCAGCUGUCUUCAACUGCAGUCUUUUCUAAUGACCAGCAGGGGAUGACUCCAGGGUUUGCAGAUUGGGGUCUUCUUGUUUGUUGAGACAAACAACUCUGUCUCCAGUGAUGAAUUUGCAGUUUACGUCUACAGCAUGGUGUUAAUAUUUGAAACUAUGCUCCCAUUUAAAAAUGGCUAACUGUAUCUAUGACAGAGUCAGAGCCAAACAUUGUCUCCUCUCGCCGCAUAAACCAAGACAGUAAAAACCAGGACCUGAGGCUGGUCUCCAUCAACUUCUUUGCUACUGUCAGAACAUUUGAGAGCUUUCUUGUACAAAACUUUUGCACAUUAUGUCCUUUAUUGACUUAGAUAGCUUUUUACAACAAAGUAGUAAACACGAUUGUGCCUGUAACAUUUUAUCACUCAGUAUGUUUACAUGCAGUUAAACCCAGCCACGGUUAUCACUCUGUUAGGUGGUUAAUUGGACCCCUGUUCUUGUCCCGGUUUAUCAGUUCCCUUUCAGCCUGUUACCACUGGGCUGUCUCCUGGUUAACUUCUCUCUACACACCGGAACAAUCAACAAGCCAGUUAUCAAGAGGACAACUUAACAGCUCUGUACCUUUCUAAUGUACACUUUCCAUAAUUUCUGGUACAAUUGAGAAGUAUGCCUUCUCUCAGGCUUUUCUUUACUAACUGGCUUCCUUCUACCUUUUAACUUCUUGGUCAAAACCUGUGGCCAAGACCUGGCCAGAUCUAAAAAAUCUAACCCUAACCGCAUUAUCUGGGUUUGUUACUUUGAGUUUGACUAACAUGUUGACAUGCAUUUUGAAAGUCCAAUUUUAUUUGGACUGUUGCAGUAAAUCCAUUUUCAACAUCACAUUAACACACUGACUCUGUCCAGAACAGAUGCGGACCUCCACACAGAGCAGAGUGAUCAUCUGUUCGUCUAAAGCACUGCCACUCUCUCACACUACCCUCACCUGAGUGCUCUUAUCCCACUGCACUGCAUGUUUCUAUAACAAAUGUAUCUACUGUUUUAUAAAUAUACUUUUAUGAUAAUCCAUUGUUGGCACAUUUAAUGUUUUGCAUUAAGACUGUUACUAUGACUUUCUCUGGAGCAAUAUAAAGAAGAACAGACUGUGAUUUUACAGGCAACAGAAAGACUUCUGGCCGGGAGACAGUCCUCACCAACUUUACGACUUUUUUAUUACAAGGUAAAAACAUCUUUUUCAACCACUGACCAGCAGUAGAGAGGUCUGUAAUGCUCAGUUAGCUCUCCAUUUUCUUGCAGCUUUAUAUUCAGUGGACAGAUGUGGGUGGUAUCAAACCUCUUUUCUUACUCUAUGCAACAACGAAAAAAAAAAAGCUUGACAAGGCCACGAGCCAGAAUGUUCAAAUGAUUCUUUAAAGAGCUUUUUUUGUAAAACAAUAAAACAGAGUAAGAAUAAUGAAUAAAAAAGUCA